AUGGCCUCUGCUCCUCCGAUCUCUGGCUCUGUCGGAGACCAGCCUGUGAGCCAGCUGGGCUCUGUCCAAACUGAAAUGCAAAGGCUGUUGAAGGCUGGUAUAUGUCUUUUCAGCAGCAAUGAGGAAGGCCAGGCUUUGGCUGCCUUCAAGAAGGCAUACAGGCUCUCGGGUAGCCUCCCAGAGCCUCGCUCCAAAGCCAAGUGUCUCUUCAACCUCGGGGCGGCUUACAUUGCCACCGGCAAGCCCCAGAAGGGCCUCAAGUGCCUGUUGAAGGCCAAGGAACUUGGAGGUGAGGAGAAGGAUGGUGACCUCUCCUUCAACGUGGGCGCGGCUUACGACGACAUGAGAGAAUACGCAAAAGCCGCAGAGUUCUACGGAAAGGCCAUCCAGGAAUACGACACAAAUCAAACGCAAAGCUCAGCCGAUGCCCUGAUCAAGCUGGCCUAUUGCCUGGUGAGCACAGGUGACGUGGAGUCAGCCGCACAGUCUUUCCGCCUGGCCGGCCAGGCCUACCAAAGGGUGCAACUCCCAGAAGACGCAGCCAUGGCUAUGAGGGAGGCAGCAAAUUACUUCCUGCGAAGCCCAGUGUACUCCCCUGACGACGUCUUAGAGAGCUUGCAGGCCUGCAGCCGGUUGUGCACCAAGAUAAGGAACCAGGAACUGCUGGGUAUAGCUAAGUACCUCCGUAGUCCCCAUUGGGUCUCCUUAAGGAAAAAUCCUGCCACCCCAGAAAUCUCAGGGGGCUGCCAGAGUGCCCUCUAG